AUGUUCACCAUAAUUCUAUCUUUAGCGGAUGACAAUAUUUGGAAUAGUUACUUCAAAAGUCAAUUUACAGAAGUAGAAACUAAGCAUUGUCAAAACUGUAAUCUACCAGCAGAUAAAGGUCAAUAUUACUUAGAUGAGUGCAAUUUUUUUAAUGAUAAAGACCGAGUUGUAAAUUUUAACCCAAUUGAAAACACUUUGUUUCUACAUAAUCGGUGUUCUUUUAGUAACUGCACUUCAACAGAGAGCGGAAGUUGCAUUUACUACCAAAUUGGUAGUAAUAGUUCUAUUGUUCAACGAAAGUUCUGUUGUACAAAAUGCCAAAGUCAAAGUCAAUCUGGAGCACAUUUUUCAUAUACAUAUGUUGACAAAGAUAACUUAAACUUUUUUAUUGAAAGUUCCCUUUUCGAUGUAGGAAAAGAAGGUUUUGGUUGUUCUAUUGAAGCAGAACGUGAUAACAUCAUAGUUUCAUCAACAAAUUUCUCAUCAUGCAAAGCAUCUUGGGGACCUGCUGGUUAUUUAAAAAGUCCUAAUGUUAAUUACACAACAAAAUAUAACUAUACAACUGUUGUUAAUAAUUUAGCUGCAUGUCAAAUAAUAAGUAUUUGGAAUAACUCUUUGAUUGAUUCAUGUAAUAUUAUAAAUAAUACCAUAGCAGCAUCAGGAAGUGGAAGUAUUAUUUACCAUUGGGGUAAUUCUCUUACUGUAAAAAGUUGUUCUUUUAUUAACAACACUGCUCCUCAAGGUUCAUGUUUGAUAUUUAACGAUGGUAAUGAUCAAUUAACAGUUGAUAGUUGUUACAUUGACAAUUCGAUUUCAAAUACAUUUUAUAGUAGUAUAGUACCUACUAAUACAAGAGGACUAUUUACUAACAAUUUGACUAAUUACCAAACAGAAUUUGCAAUUAUCAAAAAAACCAAAUACAUUGAAUAUUUCUCUCACCGAUUCCCACGUCGUCGAUUAUUAAAUAUUUGA